AUGGACGGGACGACACAGUCAUCCAAACCUCGGCUCAUCUAUCUCGCGCACUCUCCAAGUACGCAGGCGGUUCUAUGGCUCCUUGAAGAACUUGAAAUAGAAUACGACAUCACGAGAUUCGACCGUCCUUUGGCCAAGCGAGCCGUCGGCCUCGGCGAGACACAUUUACAGGGUCACGCGCCACAGCUCAUCCUGCCUGAUGGCAAGGUCAUCACGCAAAUGAGCACUUGCAUGCUUUACCUCCUCCUUACGUAUGACACUACACAGAAAUUUCACAGAACCGAUCUUGAAUACAGAGUUCGCGAAGACUAUCUUGUUAGCCUUGCCACGGCUGAUCUCGUCGCGCGAUUGGGCACGAAGCAUCUAUUCAUGGUACUGGGUGCUGUAACACCUUUCUUCAUAAGCCCUGUCAUAAAGCUUCUUGGCUACGGACUCAACAAAGCGUUUUUGGAUGAGGACGUACAUAAUGCAUUGCAUGUGGUGGAAAUGGAGCUUGAAGGCCGAGAAUGGAUUAUGGGAGGCAACGCGCCUUCGCGGGCUGACAUGGCACUCAAGAUCGCUUUAGAUAUGGCAGUUCAGCCGAAUCUUGUCGAGAUAGAUAAGUGGCCAAAGGUAAAGGCAUGGCUGGAUCGAUGCGAGGCGAGGCCUGCGUGGAAGAGGUCGCUUGACAAAGGAAUUGGGUAUCAGCUUGACUGGAACUCUAGGCUUCAAGAAAGCCAGAACCUUGGUUUAUCGGCUGGGACAUGGACAUCGGUGGUACUGACUGGGGCUGCGGUUUCUUAUUUUGUGAUCCGCGGUGCCAAGUAA